UUCCAGGCGCUCUAUCCAUUUAUAUAAACUGAAAAUGGCAGCAUAGAAAUUCUCAAAACCCUAACUUCUCUCUUUCGUGAUCUCUCAACUCAACGAUCAUAUGGAGAACUAUCAGUAUUCAUAUCCAGAUUCCGUCAAUUCAUCGCCGCGUUCGCGUGACGUAGACGAGAACGCAUCAUGGGAUGAACCUCCUUCGUCAAACAACUACAAGGUUAAGUUCUUAUGUAGCUAUGGCGGAAAGAUUCAUCCUCGUCCUCACGAUAACCAGCUUACUUACGUCAGCGGCGACACUAAGAUCUUGGGCGUCGAACGAAACAUCAGAUUCGCCACACUUCUAGCUAAGUUAUCUUCUUUAUGCGAUUAUGAAGUCUGUUUUAAGUAUCAAUUGCCUGAAGAAGAUCUAGAUGCUUUGAUAUCUGUAACGAAUGAUGAGGAUUUGGAGCAUAUGAUGGCGGAGUACGAUCGACUUCAUCGUGCUUCUGUAAAGCCGGCGAGGAUGAGGCUUUUCCUCUUUCCGGUGAAUCCGUCUGUACAAGGGGGAUUUGGUACUGGAGAGACUAAAUCUGAGCGUCAGUGGUUUGUAGAUGCACUUAAUUCAGUUCAGAUCCAGUCUCCGACUGAUGAAUCUUCUCCGCAAUCUGCGGCAGCAAGUAAUCCAGACUUUCUGUUUGGUUUGGAUAAAGGAGGACAACUUCCUCCAUCCUCAGCUGCGGCUAAACUGCAAGAUCCGCCGCCGGCGCCAGUAGUUCCGGAAGUGUCACCGAGAGAAACUCUUGCUACCGUUGAGAGACAUGUUAUCAGUGAGCCAGUCGUUUCGCCGGCUGAGAUCCAGCGGCAGAUGGAAGAUUUGCAGCGGUUACAGCUCGCUAGCCAAGAAAAACCUAUUUACCAGAGAAAAAGCGAUGAAUCAAACCCUUGGAAUUAUGGUUAUGGAGGAGAGUAUUCCCAGAAACCUCCAGAUCAGCUUCCUCCGACUCAAACACCGGUACCUGUAUCACUCCCCGCAACAUACUGGCCGGAAAGACAUAUGAGCACAGCCACUUAUCAAACCGCACCUCACCCCACAGUAACCGAACAACAACAACAACAACCGAUGUACCUGAUUCAAACACCGGCAGGCAUCUUCCAUUCUCCGGCGAUGCGACCUGCAACCAGCCAGGUUAGUCAACCUUACUAUGGUAUGCAGAGGACGGUUCAAGAUCUUUACAGGGAUCAAACUGGAUACAGUGCUGUUCAGCCACCAUCAUCAAUUCAACUGCCAAAGGUGGGUGGUGGGGGUAUGAGUUCGUAUCCUGAAGCUUUCCAGAUGGUAAGGCCACAACUGACAAAUGAGCCUCCGAGUUAUCCUCCGGCCAUGUAUGAUGGAGCUGGACGGCAGGUGUAUUACACAACGUCAGCUGGCCCAAUGGGGACGCCAUAUCAGGCAAUGUCAAUGCAAACAAUGCCACCAAACACAGAGGUAAACAAGAUAGUUAGUAAGACUUCUGAUCCUUACUCUGUUUGAUUAUAACACUUCGAUUUCUUAUAAUAAUAUGGUAAUUACAUGAUUUUGGUAUGAGGGUCACCAAUAAUAGUAAUAAUAAUAAUCUCAAAUCCUCUGAAUUUGCCAAUUAUUUACCAUAUGUAAGCAAUUAGCCUCCUUUAUGUAUCAUAACAAUCAUAUAUGCUUUGAUAAUUACUGCUAUUUAAUGACUUCCACAUGUAUAAUUACUUGUUUUCAGUCCUUAUUUAUUAAGAAAGUGGUUC